AUGCCCACAGUAGAUUUACACCAUGGGUCGUCCAUGGUAUCGUCCGCAAUCAAUUUACUGAAAACAAUUAUUGGUGCAGGCCUCCUUUCAAUUCCGUACAGUUAUUCUACUGAUGGAAGCAUCCUUGGUACGGUGAUUAUAUUGCUAGCUGCUCUUACAUCGGGAUAUGGACUCUUCCUUCAGGGAUAUGUUUCACAAUAUGCUCCUUUGGGUCAUGCAACUUUCUUCAACAUUUGCUCCAUCACAUAUCCCUCUUUAUCGGUUGUAUUCGACAUUGCGAUCGCAGUCCAGUGCUUUGGAUGUGCCCUUUCAUAUUUGGUAUUAAUUGGGGACUUAAUGCCCACGAUUAUUACCAGCCUUAGUUUUAUUUCAGAAGAACAUUAUAGAACGUUUUGGAUUCUUGCUUCGACAGUAAUAUGUGUCCCAUUGUCAUUCAUGAAGAAUUUAUCAUCUCUUCAAUAUACAUCUGUGUUGGGGUUGAUAGCAAUUUUCUACAUGGCAUUAUUGGUGGUGGCUCAUUUUUUAAUUGAUGAUAUUCCAGAUAGUUCCAAAGGGGAAAUCAGAUUGUUUCCUCCAAAUAUAUUAGGAGUGUUCAGUACUUUCUCGAUUGCCGUGUUCGCCUUCACAGGUCAUCAAAACAUGUUUUCAAUCAUCAAUGAAGCCAAGGAUAAGUCCUUGAAAAGCAUUACUGAGCUUAUUAAUAUUGCUAUUAUUGCGUCAUCUGUUUUGUUUAUUGUAGUUGGUUUAGCUGGUUAUUCUACCUUCGGGGAUAAAGUUAAUGGAAAUGUCAUCUUGCUGUAUCCUAAUUCAUGGACCACCACAUUGGGCCGCCUCUGCAUCGUUUUCAUGGUAGUAUUUUCGUUUCCAUUAAUGUUCCACCCAGCAAGAAUUUCAGUAAAUAAUAUCUAUCAUACAAUCUAUUCCAAAAUUACGGAAAUGAAAGAAAAUGCAAGUUCUGAGGAUGAGACAACGUCAUUGUUAGAUGAUGCAUCACAGGAAAUUCAUGAGACUGGAUCUGUACUGGAGGAUUUAUCCAGAAAGACUACUGUUGUUCCGUUUACACACAAUGUAUUUUUGAUCAUAACUACAAUCUUAUUGAUUAUAGGGUACACUUUAGCUAUCACGAUUAAAUCAUUUGCAUUGGUUUUAGCAAUUAUUGGGGCAACAGGGUCUACAGCUAUCUCGUUUAUAUUGCCCGGUCUAUUUGGUUACAAAUUAAUUGGUUCUGAAGUAGAUUAUCCAUCGAAGACUGACUUAUUAUUGAAAUCGUGUUCGCUUGCUCUUGUGAUUUGGGGAUUUGGGGUUAUGUUUUUAUGUUUAUACACUACAUUAUUCAUGGGUAGCUAUUAA